AUGGGAGACGUACCGCCCCCUUCCCCGAGUCAGGCGUGGAAGCCGACAGACAAGCGUUUGCGCAGCUUCUUUGCGCCCUUCCACUUUGUCGCGCGAGGUGAAAUUCUCGUCUUGGUCGUCGGCCUGAUCUUCUCCCUAGGGGGCGGCGCCAUGAUGCCCAUCUUCAUCGGGCUCUUUGGCGACCUCUUGACCGAACUCAACACGGGGGUCGACAUGGACUACUACGUGAAACUCACGGCAGUUCUCGGCGUACUGAAGCUGGUUAUCGGAUGGGUGUCGGCGUCCGCGUUCGAAUAUUUGUCCGAUUGUCAAGAGACAAAGUUCAAGCGCCACUACUUCGCCUCUUUGAUCCGCCAGGAGCAAGGCUGGUUUGACAGGAACGACGCCGGCUCUCUCGCAAGCCGACUCGACGCGAAUGGAGCCCUGAUUCGCGCCGGUGUCGGGGUUAAAUCCGCUACAACUCUUGAGUUCAUCGCGACGUUCAUCGGAAGCUUCAUUCUGGCUUUCACACGGAGUUGGAAGUUGACCUUGGUCGUCAGCGCCGCGCUCCCGGUGAUCGGCGGGUGCGGGGCGUUGCUCGCUUGGUCGCUGCAGAACAGCGAACGACACUCCCUUGAUGCGUAUAGCAGUGCUGGACGCGUUGCUGAAGAGGCUCUCCGGAACAUCCGCACAGUCGCGUCACUUGGGGUCGAAGACCAAAUGACCAGGGACUACGCAUCCAAGCUGAAGACUGCAGAGCGCGCCUCCAUCAAGGGCGGCAUUGUGACAGGGUGUGGUGUGGGCGGUUUGAUGUCCUGCGUUUUCCUCAUGUACGCCCUCGGGUUUUGGUAUGCCGGCGGCUUGAUCGCCGACGACCUCCGCGCGGCUCUGGCAUCAGCGACCCCCUACACUUCUUCUGGGGAGACGCCUCAGCUAGCCUUUGGCGGAGGCGACGUCGUCGUCGUGCUUCUCGCCGUCAUGAUUGGAGCGUUCAACCUCGGGGAAAUCAUUCCAGACCUCGGUCACUAUCUGAAGGCUUCCGAGGCUGCGUCAGAUCUGCUGAGAAUUAUCCGUCGCUCGUCGGAGCUCGACCCAUUCGAUGCCACCGGAGCUAAGGAUGUGGCGCUGAGCGGGGAUAUCGUGUACGAGAACGUCUCGUUUGCAUACCCAAGCCGCCCGGAGAAACUAAUUUUCAAGGACCUGAAUUUAACCAUUCCUGGAGGCAAAACUGUCGCUCUUGUUGGCAGCUCCGGCUGCGGGAAAUCUACUCUCGUGCAGCUGCUCCAGAGGCUCUACGACCCCACGUCAGGCACUGUCAAACUCGGAGACUGCCCGCUCAAAGAAAUCAACUUGGCGGCAUUACGGGCAGGCCUCGGAGUCGUUAGCCAAGAGCCGAAGCUAUUCUCUGCAAGCGUUGAAGAAAACAUCGCUCUCGGGUCGCCGACGCCGGUGACGCACAUCGAGGUUGAAGCGGCCGCUAAGAAGGCGAACGCGGCUGGAUUUAUUGAGGACUUUGCCAACAAAUACGAGACAGACUGCGGUUCGAUGGGGGCACAGGUGUCUGGAGGACAGAAGCAACGCAUCGCUAUCGCCCGCGCGCUGGUCCGCGAGCCCUCAAUUCUGAUUUUUGACGAAGCCACGUCUGCACUCGAUAAUGCUUCCGAGCACGUCGUCCAGGCCGCUCUAGACGCGCUUGUCGCGACGACCGGCUCCACGACCAUUAUAAUUGCUCAUCGCCUAAGCACAAUUCAGCGGGCGGAUCUUAUCAUCGUCCUCGGACAUAAGGACGGGCAGGAAGGAUCGUCCGUUGUGCAACAAGGCACGCACGAAGAACUGAUGAAGGAUGAGCAAGGUCUCUACUACAGCUUGGUUCAGUCACAACUCAUCGGCAUGCACGGAGACGAGCAGGCGGACACCCAAGAACAGCUGACAGGAGAGGAACCGGCGUCAGAUACUUCCGCGACCUCCUUCCCUGCGGCGGCCACCAGCACUAUCCACCGCCGUGUCUCCAGUCAGUCCGGCAUCAGCUCCAUCAAGUCCUCUGCGUCCUUGCUGUCGGAGCAGCUCGCCUCAAGUAAGGAAACCAGCUUAUCCUGUCCCGCUGCGCCUCCAGACGUGGAAACGGCGAAACGCACUGGCUGGCGGCCGUUAAAGAAGACCCACGCGGCGAACGCCAAAGAAUCUGCCUCGAAAAGGCAUCUAAUCGGACUCGCGUGGAAGCACUGGCCGUGGUUCCUCCUCACUCUCGUCGCUGCAAUCGCUUCUGGAGCGGCGUUUCCCCUCUCGGCAAUUAUCUUUUCCAAUUUCAUCGCUGUGUACUUUAACCCGGACCCCGACGAGAUGGAACGCGAGGCGGAUAAGUGGGGUUUGGCGUACGCGAUCCUCGGCAUCGCCUUUUUCUUCAUCGAGUGGUUCAAGUUCCUCGGUAUCGAGAGCAUGGGGGCGAAGGUGACGACGGACCUACGGCAGAGAGCGUUCACGCAGACAAUUCACCAAGACGUGGCCUUCUUCGACGACGCGAAAAACAGUGUCGGGUCGCUGAUGUCCAUACUGUCGUCUGACGUGCUCGUGGUUACGACGGGAAGCUGCGGAAACCCGAUGGCUCUCGCGACGACCAUUGCUGCGAUUGCCGCCGGCUGUGGCGUUGCGUUUGCAAGCAGCUGGAAGCUGGCAUUGGUCCUUCUCUCCUGCAUGUUCGUUCUCGCUCCUGCAAAUAUGAUGGAGGAAAAAAUCCUGCACUCUCAAGGCGACGGAGACAAGAUGAAACCCGCAGACGCCAAGGACUGCCCCGAGCAGGUGCUCAUUGAGGCAAUCGGCGGCAUCCGCGUGGUGUCGGCUUUCGGUUUAGAACAGCAUUUCAUUGAUCGCUACACAGAAGGUCUUCAGCGCGAUGCAAGCAGGCAAGCAAAGAGCGCAUUGUCGGUUGGGUUCUUCUGGGGGUUCAGCCAGGGUGUGCAGUACGCCAUCAACGCUUUGGGGAUGUGGUACGGAGGACGGCUCAUCGCCGAGGGGGCGACAGCAACAGACAUCAUGCAGGCCAUCUUCGCGCUCCUGUUUGCCGGCAUUUCAAUUGGUCAGACGGUCAUGUUCUCGACAGACAACGCUAGGGCGCAAAUGGCGGCUGAGCGCGUCUUUAGCCUGAUUGAGAGGCCGUCGGUCACCGAUACCAGAGACCAGGGCGGAAGGCGAUUCAACGACCACUCAGAAAAGGGGGCAGACGUGGCGUUCACCAAGGUCAAUUUCCGCUAUCGAACCCGGCCUACUGUGCCAGUGUACAAGGAUCUUUUCUUCACUGUCGCGGCCGGCGAAACCGUCGCCCUUGUGGGUCCCUCAGGAUGCGGGAAAUCGACCGCGAUUCAGCUUAUCGAACGCUUUUACGACCUCGAGAGCGAUGCGGUCGUGGAGAGGGACGACAAAAGCGGAAAGGGAAAACCCAAGCGAAAGAGGAGGAACGGCGGCUCAAUCACCUUCGACGGAACUGAGCUGAAAGAAACAAACGUCAGCUCGCUGCGUCAGCAAAUGGGCCUCGUCGGCCAAGAGCCAGUCCUGUUCAACAUGAGCAUCGGAGACAACAUCCGCAUUUCCAAUCCAAAGGCAUCUGAGGCAGACGUGGUUGCCGCAGCCAAGCAGGCGCAUGCGGAUACGUUUAUUCGCUCCUUCCCGAAUGGUUACGAGACAUGGGUGGGUGCCGGUGGAAGUCAACUCUCUGGUGGCCAGAAGCAACGUAUUGCGAUCGCCAGAGCGCUUGUGCGCAAGCCCCGCUUGCUUCUGUUGGACGAAGCAACAUCUGCGCUGGAUGCCGAGGCGGAGCGCCAGGUUCAACAGACUUUAGACGAGCUCGUGGAUCAGGGGCAUAAUCACGGCACUAUCAUCGUGGCGCAUCGGCUAUCCACUGUCAAGAACGCAAACAAGAUUGUCGUUCUUAGCAACGAAGAUGGCCGUGGUAGCCGCGUUGUGGAAGUUGGAAGCCACGACGAGCUCAUAAAGAUCCCGAACGGAGCGUACCGACAGCUUGUCAACAUGGCUCGGUACUCGUCCUGA